AAGGUUUUGCAAAAGAAACAUUGUAAGAUGGUUGAUGCCGAAUAGUUGAAAACAUAGAACACAUAAAAUUAACCAAUUAUAACAAAUUUGGAUGUGAGAGCCGAAAAGUUUACACUUGUGUGAACCCCAUUUCAACCCAAGAAAGCACUUUCAUGAUCCUCAUUAAGUCAAUUAUAUCCAAUGAUUUUGCAUCAUAUAAGGACCUAGUUUUAGCCAGAUAGAUAAAAGUUUCACUUAAUCGUUGCUGCAUUGAGGCUACCAUACUGUCCCGAAGGUGUUUGUUGAAUUGUCUCUAAGGAAUUAGCAAAACAGGGAAAUGGCAAAUAUAGGUUUGGUAUUUGCAUUGGUUUUGAGUGUGACAUUGCAUUCAGUUUUGUGUGAUGAUAAUCCUUGGCAGAGUGUGAUUGAGCAAGCAAAAAGCGAAGCAGCCAAAGCAGGUUUAUCUGAGGACACAAUAUUUGGGGCUGAGAAAGCUGUAUCAGAUGGUUCUGCUAAAAGGGCUGCUGAGGAGGCCUUAAAUUCAGGAUCUCUAAAUGACUGGGUUCAAGAAGCUCGUGUUAUGGGUUCAUCUGGUGCAGUACAGAGUCUUCUUGAUGAUGAAGAGGAAGACAAUUUAGGAGAACUAGAAUUUGCACCAAGAAGAUCACCAUCAGAGGGACCAUCAGAGGCACCGGCAUGGGCACCAUCAGAGCAAAUAUUAUUAGAGGAACUAACAAUGGAACUAAGAGAGGAAGAAGCAUCAGAGGCACCCCAAGCACAAUCACCCUCUGCAUAAUGAGAUAUGAUACAGAAUUGGUAAAACACUGUGUAGGUUAAGUCAAUAUUAGUUUUAAGUAAAUACUCUGUAUUGUAUAAUUAUUUCAACCUUUUUGAAACAUGCUUUAUGGUGUUUGCAAAAUAAUGCCAGUUAAUUGUAAUAUGUCAAUUGAUUAUUGGCUUAAUUUACACAAGUUUUGUCAUCAAGGAAUGAAUGAAGCAGAAUCAUUCCCAAAGACAAGGUGUGGGAGGAAAGAAAUGUUAGCAUAAGAUGUACAGAAAGAUCACACUCUGGUGCUGUUAACAUAAAAAGUAUUGUAUUUAAGAUUUGUGAUGAGGAUGCACACCCAUCAUUUUUUUAUUCUUUGACCAGUACACUGAUGUACAUAGAGAUAAAGUUUGAUUGUUUUAUGAAAUGAAAUAGUUU